AUGCCUACGCCCUGUACCGCCGCAGCGCCCUCAACGCCUUCGCGCGCUACCUCCAACGCGCGGCCCCGGCCUCCCCCGAGGCCGACACCCACGCCGUCUUCGGUUUUGUGGAUUUGUGGCUUCGCGCAGAGCCCGGCCUGGAAGAGCCCGCGGAGGAGGGGAGGCUCUCGGUCACCGACGAGGUCCUCCACUGCGCGCUCGCGGACAUCCCGGCGGGGCGGUUUUUGCCCUGCUUGGGCCAACUCGCCGCGCGGGUCGGGGGCGGCGAGGAGGGCCCGCGGCUCUCCGCGCUGCUGCUUCGCAUCGCGCGGGAAUACCCCCGCGCGGCGGUCUGGCCUUUGCUCGCCCUGUGCAAUGGCCAACACUUCGGCGGCACGCGCGAGACCGACGCCCUGCACAGCUUCGACGAGCGCAAAAUCGCCGAGGCCCGGCGGAUCAUCCAGGCCCUCAAAAGCCCCGCCGGGGAUUCCCCCGGGGAGGGGCAACCGCGCGAUUCGUCCUCGCCCACAAGGCACGGGGGAAGAAGGGACGACAGCACGGCCGCGAUCGUGCGGGAUGCCGAGGUCCUCAGCGCGGCCUACAUCGAGCUCGCGCGGCACCGCCCGGCCCACCCGAACUCCGCGCGGUCCUACCCCAUCCCUGGCGACUUCCAACUGGUGCGGGGGGUGCGGGAUUUGUGCAUCCCCCCCCCCACCAACGCCCCGGUGA